CCACGGGCAGCACCGGGGUGGGACCGGGACCCACGGGCUGGACCGGGACCCUUCGGAACCACCCGUGGGAAGUGGGAGAGGAGGAGCGGUCCCGGGAGGAGGAUGGAGGAUGGGGGAGGCGGUGGUGAAGCAGGGGGGGCUCUACCUCCAGCUCCAGCAGACGUUCGGCAAGAAAUGGAAGAAAUUUUGGGGUGUCCUGUACCGGGAAAGCUCCUGCUCCUCCUCCCGGCUGGAGCUCUUUGAGGGUUCCUCACCUCCAACUGCUGAGAAACUGCGGAGAGGGGAGGGCAGCAGGCGCCUGGUGAAGCUGAGGGAUUGUGUCCAUGUGGGAGAGGCCUCUGGAGAAGCUGGAUGCCCCAAGGACACCACCCCCUUCCUGCUGGAGACCACCCACAAGAGGUACCUCCUGGCUGCUGAGGCCACCGAGGUGGCCAGCUGGAUCCGGAGCCUCUGCCAGCUGGCAUUCCCGAGGAGCAGAGAGGAGGCAGCAGCAGGCAAGGAUGGGCAGCAGAGCUCCUGGGAUACGGAUGGGGAAUUCUCCAUGGAGGAAAACACCCUCUACAGCUCCCGGGAUAAUGCCAGCCUACAGCGGGUGUUUGAGGUGACGGUGAGGGCCACCGAGUCCUCCGAGCGCUGCGGGCUCCGGGGCCGCUGCAUCCUGCGAGCUGGAGAGGAAGCUCUGGAGCUUCGGGACUUCCAGACCUCGGAGCUCCUCUGCAGCUGGCCCUACCCCUUCCUGCGCCGCUUUGGGAGGGAUAAAGUGACCUUCUCCUUCGAGGCCGGCCGGCGCUGUGUGUCUGGAGAAGGCAGCUUUGAGUUUGAGACCAGGCAAGGCAACGAGAUCUUCCAGGCCAUCGAGUCAGCCAUCAGCCUCCAUCGGGGCCUGGGGACAGAGGAACCUUGGCGGGGUGGCCCUGGGGACGAUGCCUCCCGAGGUGGCCUCUCCAGGGUGCCCAGCUGGGCACAGGGACGCGAGGAGCCCGCUGGCACCAAGGAGCCCACCUGGGAGGGGAAGUUGCCCAAAGCCAAGCUGGUGAUACCCCCCGGCUGCUCUGGGGCUGGGGACCCAUCAGGCACCUUCCUGCCCUCUCGUGGUGCUGACGGCCCCUACCCUGAGCCCUGCAGCCCCCCGUGCCAGGGGACCCCCCCGGUGCUGGAGAAGGGUGGGUGGCAGGAGCCUGAAGCUGAGUAUGCCACCCCCUUCGACACCAUUGCCAAGACCUUCAUGGCUCGCCAACUGGGCAGCUUGGCCACCAGCUCCCAAGGGGUCCCUGACCCCCUUUACGACAGCAUCGGGGAGGUUCGGGGGCAAAAAAGGGGGGAGCACCCCCUGCCGCCUCCCCCCCCCACCAAACCCGACCACAUCUACGAUGAGCCCGAGGCUCUGCCCGUCUAUGAUGAGCCCGAGGAGGUGAAGGGGGAGGCGUGGAGGUUGCAGGCAGCCCCCGAGGAGCCCCCCGGGCUUGAGUACCCCUACGACCCCCAGCAGGAUGACUACGCCGUGCCCAAGAGACCCAUCCUGCUCCGGCAGGGCCAGGAGUGGCUGGGGGACACCGAGUAUGCCAAGGUGGUCCUCCCGUUUGCAAAGAGAAGGAACCUGCAGUGAGCAGAAUGGGGGAUGGAGAAGAGACGACUCCCCCUUCCGCCCCCCAACACACCUUCCCAGCCAGACCCCCUUCCUCCUCGGCGUUGCUGAGACCCCCCCCAGCUCAGCGCACCCAUGGACUGGGAGGGUGGGAGGUGAAGCGCUGCUCGCCGGCCCGGGCUUCGCUCCCUGCGGAGCGGCGCCCGCACAUCUGGGCAGCUGAGAAGCACAUCUGGGCAGCUGCGGAGCCGGCAGCCGGGAUGUGCCCACUGGAGGGCGGUGUGCGCCCGCACACCGGGCAGGGGACAGGCAGGGGACGCUCCGCAUCCUCCCCGCCGCUCCGCUCCCCCCUUCUCCGCAUCCCCAGACUCGCACCCCACAGCUCUGAGGGGCUCCUGCGGACCAGAUCCCAGGUACCCCGCUUCACAACGCACCCCCGGGAUGCUCAUCGCACGCCCUGGAUACAGCCCGGCAAUGCACACACACACACACACACACCCUCCGGGAUGCAAACCCCACAUUUCGGGUGCAGCCGGGUGAUGCUCAGCUUCCCCCCUCCUUGCAGAUUUCCCUUCUCCCCCCCAGCCCUUGCUGAGCACCCCCGCAGCCCCAAGCUCCCUCGGGAGGGCUGGACCAGCAUCCUGGCCGGGGCUGGGCACUGGUCCUGUCCGAAGGUCACACCACAUCCUCGCUCAGCAAGAACAGCAGCAUAAAUUUCAACUGUUUCAGCCACAUUUUGUUUUUUUUUUUUUUUUCUUUCAUAAAACCACUUUCCAAUUCCUCUGAAUUAUAGAUGAAA